AUGACAUCAAGUAUAGAUAAGGUUUUUAUGGUAUCAGUACAAGAAGCUGUGCAAAAAUCAUUGAAAAAUAACCAGGCACUAUUUGUAUUCUUAUCAAGAGAUGACGAGAUAUCCCGCACGUUUGCUAAGGAUCUCUUGCAGACAAAAAUUGGUGAUAGUGGACAGAGUAUGAGUGAGAAGGUGCUGAAAGAGUUUGUGGGGUUAAUGUUGAUUGAAGAUACGACGGAAUAUGGGUAUUUUAAACAAAUUUUCCAUGAUUUGGUGGUGCCCAGUUUUUACGUGGUUGAUAAAGGGCAGUUAUUGGAUGUUAUAACACAGGAAUGCACGCCGGACCAGUUUGUAGAACAGAUUUCGAAGAUUCUCAACAGACUGGGGCAGGUUGGAGCUGAUAGUCCGGUGGUGAGUGAACAAACCGGAGCACAUACAAAUGCAGGGUCGCAUGAGCCUAUUGUGGUGCUGGGGAGACAAGACGAGCAUAUUUCCGUCCGUCAGAACCAGAUGCGUGGUAAUACACUAGGAAGGGAUCAUGAUCAGAACGUUGCCAGGCACAAAAGACAAACUGAAAUGCUUAAAAGAGAGGAACAUGAAGAGAGAAAGAAAAUUAGAGCAUUGCUUGAGGCUGAUAAAAGAGAACGCCAUUUAAGGCAAAUGACCGCAUCCCGAAAAACGGCCAACGAGGCAUCGGAGGAGGACAGAAUGCAUAAAUCGAAUACAAGUAAAUAUGAUAUGUGUUCAUUAUCAAUCAAGUUAUUUGAUGGAAAUUCCUUGAGACACGAUUUCAAGGCCAGCCAAACCUUGAACGAUGUGCGGAGCUGGCUAGAUAAUGCAACAGAUCAUCUGAUCAUUCCAAAUGCUAAUGCAUCAUUGCCUUCGUUUGCUACGGCUUCAUAUCCUCAACCAACACAUUAUGUCUUCCACCACCCUGUGUUGCCGCGUAUAACGUACAGUGACGACGAGGAAUUCAAGAAAUUAUCAGAUUUGGACUUAUGCCCUCGUUCGGUAUUGAUUUUGAAGCCUAUAUAUGAUGACAAAAGUUACGUGAAUGCGUAUCCCAAUGGUAGAGCUCCAGCAGGCUAUUUACGCUCAGUUGGUGGUGCAAUCGGUAAGUUUGGUAACGCAAUAUACUCGUUCUUCGAUUAUAGUGUCGGGGAUCCAGCACAUGACUAUGAAAUACAUGACGAUAUGGAAAGAUCCAGAAGUCCCUUAGGAGACUCAGAAGAGCUCAAUGGUAACAGGCCCGUGGAUAUAACCAGCAUUAAUGACUCACAUUUAGCAAGUCCGGCAUCUGAAAGAGUCGAAGACUAUUUCGAUGCAAGACUAAGAAGUGGUGCGGGAACACCAAAUGUUCUAUCAAUUAAUUCUGGGUCACAGCCAUCGCUAAUUAACUUUGGUUCUAAUCCAUCACCAGUGCCGUUUUCUUGUGUACCCAGUAUGCCACAAUCAGAGAUUCCAUCUGCAGGUAAUGGGUCAUCUAAUUACAAUCCUCGUUCAUCGACUCCAAAACCAAUAAGUAGCAUACCAUCCGUUAGUAAUAUUCAAACUGUCCACGAAGGAAGUUCUAAAAGUGAUUCGAAACACGAGUCAAAAGUGAAUUCAGAUGAGAAGAGAAAAGAUCGUAAUACAUAUAACGGAAAUAGUAUUAAUUUAGGUGACGAUCAAGAUGAUUAA